AAAAGAAUCAGGCACAAUUAACCUCCAUGUUUCCCUAGAAACAUUACUUAUGCUUUUCCAUUUCUUGUCAUGAUGGUCAUAACAGAAUUCCCAUUCAUUUCACUUCUGAGAUCUCAAAGUUGAUGAAAGAAAAGAAAAAUCCACAACUUCAGCAGCAUCUCCAAUGUAUAUCAACAUCUAUAUAUUUGUAGGGCUUUUUGCAGGGAUAAUUUUUACUACAUUGGAGGGAGUAUAUGGGACUAAUCACACUGUCAGCUGGAAAAUUUCUGACAACCAGAGCGUGUACAGAGAUUCAGGUCAUGGAUCAAACUUUCUUGUUGGCGACAUAUUGGUAUUUAGAAUGGAAGAUGAAAAGGAUCUUAUUGCCCGAGUGACAUCGAAAUCCGAGUACGAGGCCUGCACAGCCGAAGGUUCCAAGGUGUUAUUAUACAACGAUGGGGAGGGCAUUGAACUGAAUACGAGUGGAAGCUGGUAUUUUAUAUCGAGGAUUUCUGAUCAUUGUAAAUCAGGGGAGAAAGUGCUGAUAACGGUGGAUGAAAGAUCUGUGGUAACGAAUCAGAGUUCAAGAAUGGGAAGAGGCGGAGGAUCCGGUGGCGGUGGCGGUGGCGGCGGCGGCGGAGGAUCCGGUGGCGGCGGCGGGGGAGGAAGUGGAAAUGAAGGGGGAUUCGUCACUCCAAAAGGAAACAGAGAUCGCCCCGACAAGAGCGCCGCCGCCGCCGCUCUGACAAGUCCAUUCUUCAUCGUAUUGCUUGCCUUGUAUUCAGUCUUGUUGGGCAUAUAGUGAUUCUUUCAUCAGCAAUAUGAAAUUACGUCGAAGAAAUUUCAUUUGUGUUUCUGGAUCAACGCACAGAAAGGGAAUUCAUCGUCCGGUUUCAUCUAUUUGAAAUACAUGACUAGAACAGCUUAGAAAAAGCAAGGUGCUUGAAAGGAACGAGUCGAAGGGAAUCGGGAUACUAUAUAUUUCAAUUGCAUCAUUUCUUAUGAGUAAUUGCUUGUCUUUUUCACUUUAUUCGCCAUGUACUAAGAAUUUCACACUUUGCCAUUACUCUUUUUCCUGAAGUCCAUAGCUAUGGUAGCUAGUUACUUCUAAUGAGUAUUACUUUUAAAUCAAACUAUAUUCUUGUGAUA